CAUUACAGGAAGUUGGGGGUUUUCGUGUUCUACAUAGCCUCAGUGCUUCCGUACUCAUGUGAACCAACUGCUGUGUUUAGGCCCGUGAUAGACUGAGUCUGUCUUGUCAUUCUAUUGACAGUUUAGUCACUACUGGAUCCUUUCCCUUGAGGCAUUCUCCAUGGACAGGCUGGUUUUACUCUUCUGUGUGUGUUUGCAUGUGCCAUGGCUUCAUGGUCAUCCACAGAAACAAGGUUCUCUCCGCUUCGUUGGCCUAGGAGACUGGGGAGGUCUUCCCUUCCCCCCUUACUCUACGCCACAUCAGAGGGAGGUGGCCAGGGAGCUGGCCAGGGUGACCAGCAGCAUGGGUUUGGACUUUGUCCUCAGCCUAGGAGACAACUUUUAUUUCGAUGGAGUCGAGGAUGUGGACGAUCCCCGCUUCAAGGUCACCUUUGAGAAAGUGUUCUCUCAUCCAGACUUUCUGAAUGUGCCUUGGCAUUUGGUGGCAGGUAACCAUGAUCACCGGAGAAACGUGACAGCCCAAAUUGCUUACUCUGCCCGCUCAGAGAGAUGGCAUUUCCCUGAGCUGUACUAUGAGCUGAAGUUUAAAAUCCCAAACUCCAACGUCUCCAUGACAGUGCUAAUGAUUGACACGGUGAUUCUGUGUGGGAACACAUACGACAAAGAUCACCCCUUUGGACCCGAGGAUCCAAAGGCCUCCGACGGCCAGCUUGAGUGGAUCGAGAGCCGCCUGAAGACCGCCAAGUCCGAGUUUGUAGUGGUUGCUGGUCACUACCCAGUCUGGUCGAUAGGCCACCAUGGUCCCACGCAAUGUCUGGUGGAGAGGCUGAGGCCACUGCUGAAGAAAUACAGUGUCACAGUCUACCUGUGUGGACAUGACCACGACAUACAGUUUAACCAAGAGACUGAUGGGAGUGCCUAUGUCGUCAGUGGCAGCGGUUGUGUACAGUCAUCCUCCACUCACCACCUGGAGACCUUCCCAUCAUCCUGGCAGCUUUUCUCCAACGCCAUCAAUGGCACGUCAGGCGGAUUUGCCUACUUUGAAGUGACAGCCGACCGCAUGACAAUUAGCUUCCUACAGACAGAUGGGAAGUGUGUGUAUCAGACCUCCCUACCAAAGCGAAGUACACACUGGACAGGGAGUAGUGACCUCCCUUGAGGAUUUUAUUGUCACUGAAAACUGCUGUUAAAUUAUUGGAGUGAUUUCAACUUUUUUUAAAUCAAGGUAUAGUCAAUUGUUGCUGUAUUAUGUGGACAUAUGGAUGGAUAUGGUUACUGGAUAUGGAUAUUAAGCAGGCUAUGUAAGCAGUGGUGUUCUACUUCACCCAUAGAGGGCGAUGCUGUAUGUGGUAUGGAACUUUAUGCAACACAAGGAUGACAAUUCAACUUCAGAGUCUAAUCAUGUCUCUUUAUUUUCUGUAUAAAAAGUAAAAUUACAAAGUUAGUACCAUAAUCCAGAGGAAUACUUCAGUAGUAUUGUCACUUUGAUGCAUUAAUGUGUAACCAGAAUGCUUAAAAUGCUUAAAGAGCUCCCAAAGAUAUAUUAAAAGCAUGGAUACAUACUAUUGACAUACACAUAGAAAAUAAAAUUAUCUGUGGAUUUCUGAA